UGGUGUAUGUGAUUCAGGAAACAGAAUAGUACCAAGGAACCAUUUUAAACAGUACGAAUGGAGUCAAAAACAUGAACAGCAUCAACAGCUGAGGAUUCUGGUUUUUAUUUAAAAAAAAAACUCGGAUCCCUUUUGAAAGUUCUGUGUAUUAAAAAGGUGGUGCUAACUGUAAUUCAAGACACACACUGUGAAUCGUAUACAGCCUGAAGACUUGCAUAGAUAAAAGGGCAGAAAAUGAUGUCUUCUAACAAUCUUCAGAGGACAGUCCAGAACCCAAGUAUUCCAUAUGCUGAAACUAUCCAUGAUGGUCUUUUGCCUGGAGAACUUGUUGUAAUACAUGGGUUAGUUCCAGAAGAUACAGAGAGGUUCCAGAUAGACUUUCAGUGUGGCAAUAGUACAAAACCUCGUGCUGAUAUAGCCUUUCAUUUCAACCCCCGGUUCAAAAAAUCUGGUUCCAUUGUUUGCAAUACCCUGCAGAAAGAACAAUGGGGCAGGGAAGAGAUCACUUAUGCGAUGCCUUUCGAAAAAGGAAAGCUAUUUGAGAUUGUUUUUAUGGUUCUGCAAUAUAAAUUCCAGGUGUCUGUAAAUGGAAAGCACUUGUUGCUCUAUAAGCAUAGAAUUAAUCUUGAAAAAAUUGAUACAGUUGGGAUAUCUGGAAAAGUGCAAGUCAAUAUGAUUAAAUUUGUUACAAGUAAGCCUUUGCAAGGCUCUCAGCCAUCCUUGUUAGAAAAAACAAAGGCAAACACAGGAAAUGAAGAAGUCCCUGAUGGUUCACAGUUCGUAAGUAUUUUUCUACAUGUAGUUCCUUACAUUGCACAACUUAAUUCUUCUCUUGAGCCUGGGCGAACAAUUGUCAUUAAAGGAGAAGUUAAUGAAAAAGCAAAUAGCUUUGCAGUUAAUCUUAAAGCCAGUGACUCAAAUGAUGUUGCUCUGCAUCUGAAUCCCCGAAUGAAAGAUAAAGCUUUUGUGAGAAAUUCCUGGCUGGGCGACAGUUGGGGAGAAGAAGAAAGGCACAUCCCUCAUUUUCCUUUCAGUCCAGGAAUGUACUUUGAGUUGAUAAUACUGUGCAAAGCCCAUCAGUACGACAUUGCUAUUAAUGGUGUGCAUAUCCUUGAGUACAAACACCGGUUUAAACAGCUUGGCAAGAUCAACAUAGUGGAAAUCUGUGGGGACAUUCGAUUGUUGGACGUGAGAAGUUGGUAGCUACGAAGCAGUAUUGUGCAUUGUUUUCAGAAAGGUCUCCUUGAUCCCUUCCUUGAAUUGUGAGAACAUUAACCUUGAUCUAUCUAGCCCAGUAAAAAAAAAAAAAAAAGGGAUGCAGAUUGGUUACAGAAACCUAUCUGUACCUGUCUGUAAAAAUCAGCUUGGGUAUUAUGUAUAAGAACUAAACACAGUUGGUAAACAUACAUUCAUAGUAUGUAAGUAUAUAGGGAUUAGAGAUGUAGGGUCCAUUUUUUAAAAAGAACUUUCCAAAAAGUCUGUAUAUAGUCCUGAAGAGUGCAGAAAUGAAGUUUUACAUCUGUGAAGCCACAUAGAAAAAAUUAAAUAUCAUGACUUCCAAAAUU